AAUAUUGAAAUGACAGUCCAGUAUAUGACAUUUCGUAAACAAUGAAAAUUCAUGUUCAAAAAUCUAACCGAAUCUUUGCUAUAAUUUGUUAAAUUGUACUCAAAAUGACAAUUUUUUUAUAUUAUCUACUCAACGCAUUAGAGAAGACAUAAUACGAAUAUAUAUAAAAAGAGUCAAAUAGCACAUGACUCAGUUUCCUAGAAUUCGUCAUUGUUUGAGGAAAUUUGAACCACUAGUGCCAUAUUGAGAGAUGUCCCAGUGCUAUUACUGAUACCAUAUUAGUCUAUGAAAUGUUGUCACGAAAAAAUAAAGAUUUACGAACAAUCAAGGAAGGGGUUGUAGGAAAAUAUGUCAAGAAAGACACCCCUCCAGAGAUGCCAAUUAUCAACGUGUGGACAACAGAGCCAAAGAGACGUUAUUCGAAUCAAAAUAGAUCGUCAAUAACCCCUAACGGAGCUGUACCUGCUUCAUCUCAAAAUACUGUUCAGAAAUUUGGCAACCAGAAAACGUUAAUCAGCGACGUUGGCUUGGGAGCACAUGAAGGGAAGUACACGCCAAGUGCCUCAGUUCCAGAUUUAGCUACGAGAUUUGCUAAUCUCUCUGUUGGAGUGUCCUCGGAAAACAAUGCAGCAUUGACAGCCAACUUCAACCAUAUAAGCGUGAAUUCUCCCCAACCCAUUUACAUCAAUCAUCCCCUGGGAAGUUCCUAUAACGAUAACUUGGCUAGCAAUGCCAACUACGUAGAAAUAGACCAGAUUUAUCCCCUAACUCAAGAAAAUACCAGCCCUUAUAGAGACUCGGGGUAUAACCGCACAAACUCCCCUAUUUACCAAAACACAAGUAAAAACUCAGUCGCCGGGCCUGGCCAAGACAUCACCCCCAUAUAUAGCAACACAAACUUUGAACAGUUCAGAGACCCGAAUCAAAAUACCUCCUAUGCAGAUUCCUUGGCACAUCAGUCGAGGCUGAGUUUGAGGAGGACGGAAAACACCCAAGAACAAUCUGAGGAGUUGCCGCUUCCUCCUGGUUGGUCUGUCGACUAUACCUUGCGUGGGAGAAAGUAUUACAUUGACCACAACACGAAAACAACGCACUGGUCGCACCCCCUUGAGAGGGAGGGUCUUCCAACCGGUUGGCAGUGUAUUCAGUCUCCCGUGUAUGGAGUUUAUUAUGUCAACCACAUUACAAGGCGUGCCCAGUACGAACACCCUUGCCUAGUGCCAUGUUUCAAUUACACUCCAGAGUCAUACCAGAGGUACAUCCCGCCAAAACCUACCCAUUAUCAGCCUCAUAGCGUUCUAGUUCCUGCUAAUCCUUACCUGCUGGAGGAAAUCCCGCAUUGGCUGAAUGUAUACUUCAAGACUAGUCCCGAACUGGACCACAAAUUAAGGUGGGACAUGUUCCGCCUGUCAGAGCUGGAAUGCUACAACGCGAUGCUCACGAGGUUGUACAAACAAGAGUUGCAAAAUAUUGUUAUGAGAUAUGAAUCUUACAGAUCUGCGCUUAUGGUGGAAAUGGAGAAAUUUGGAGUCGGUCGGAACAAUACCUGAAGCUGUGAGGGACUGCUGGAGAAUGUUCCGGCUAUUCAAAACCAAUUCUGGGCUAGUAUUUAGAAUUUGAGGAGUUCUUUUAUGUUUUGAAAAAGACGCGAUGAAGAAAAUUUCAAUUUUUUUAACGUUCAUUGUGAAAACUAUGAACCGAUAUAUAUACAAUUUCUAUGUGCUAGCUUCUGAAUUCGAUAUCAGAAAUGUGAUUACUAAGUUUAAUAACUUAUUUCAAACUGUCUGCUCUUCCGUUUCCUUCGUAUUUUCCUCGACUUUGUGGAUGUGAAAUCCUUGGAUCCUGUACACGUUCGGGUUUUUGAUCCCUAGUGUUUUGGCCCACUGAUAUGCUGCAAAAAUUAUUUUUAAUAUAGACUGCUUUAUUUUUA